AAUCUCACUGUUAAGUGUCAUUGUCAAUAUGAUUAAAAUUCGUAAUUCAUAUUCACUGUGGGGUUCGUUUAUUCUACGGUCUGCUAACAUUUGCCCAAUAAAAUUUGUAACAGUUUGUUAUAUCCGACCGUAGACUCCACAUAAAUUUUGCUCCUUUACAAUGGCAGAACAAAAUACAGAAGCCGUGAAAAAUACCAGCGAGGGUGAAUAUUCUGCGCCAGCCAACGAUCCUAAAAACAUGCAAGAGGUGACACAAUAUGUGCAGUCGCUGUUACAAAACAUGCAGGACAAGUUCCAGAGUAUGUCGGAUCAGAUAAUAAACAGAAUAGAUGAAAUGGGCACAAGAGUUGAUGAACUUGAAAAAAACAUCACAGAUCUUAUGACACAAGCUGGUGUUGAAAAUGAAAAGUAGAAUAAGUUUGUGAAUUUGAUUAUCACAGUUUUGGAUACUGGCAAUAUCACCCAAAGAUAAUUUUGUGCCUGAAUUUUCUAAAUACAAAUAAUAUUAAAAACAAUAGAUGUAAUAUUGUGAAAGAGUACAUCCAUAUGGGGUUAAAGUGUAUGAAAUUAUGGAACAGUUGUAGAAGAAUAUGUUAGAAUUUGACUAUAGUUGUACAAACAAUUGCCUUUUUGUAUAUUCAUUGUUAAGGAAUAAUUAUUAUUGGCAUAUAACUGCUGAUAAUGGAAAUGCUCCAUGAUCUUUUCAAUAUAUUACAUAGUAUGUAAACAGCCAAUAUUUGCCUCGUAAAAUUAAUUAAUACUUUUUUAUAUUGUUACAUAAAAAAUAUGCAUUCAGCUUAGUAUAGGUAUUAAAAGUUCAUAUCAAAUUAGUAUGAUCAUUCACCAUCAUAAUAAAAUUAUGUCCACUAAAGCACAUUGAAUUUAUGCAACUUUAACAACUAAAAACCUAGUAAGGCUUUGUUAUAUAUCACAGUUCAGCACUUUUACAUGAAUAAUAAGAAUGCUCAAACAAUAAUAUGAUAAUGUGGCAGAUUCUGUGUAGUUUACCAAUAACUUUACAUAGAUACAAAACCAAUAAGGCUGUUGAGUCAAUUUGGUACUUUAACUUGUACCACCCAAAUUAACCCUCACUUCGCCAUAUAAUGCCAAACUUAUUAAAUUGUCGCAUAAAUUGUUCUCUACUAGGACAUAGAAAUAAUGUAAAAAUAUAUUUCCUGACCGCAUUCCGUUUUGUGUACACAAUGAAUUUGGCUUAUAUUGAAUUAUCAUUAUAAUGUAUUAACUACGUGAUUGAGGUUUUGAAUUGUUCAUAAAAAAAAUAACACUAUACUACAUGAAUUCACUUAUUAAAUAAGACUUGUAUACACAGAUAUAGUGAGCUAGUGGAAAAAUAGUCAAGCUGGGUCAAGUCCAUUGGUGUUCACCUGAUUGUAUUUGUAAAAUGGUUUUUAUAAUUAAAGUGUAUUAUUUGUAGAUAUAUUAAAUAUUGUUUGUUUUUUAAUUUUGUC